AUGUGAGUAAGAGGAAUGAUGCAAGUUAUAUUUAUGGUAAUUGAAAAAAAUUUUAAGAAAAUGGAUAAAGCGGAAAUGGAAUUCAGUAGAAAAUCAACUUCCGAAAAGAGGUCAUUGUUGAGCAGGUAUAAUAUCCCAAUUGAACACCUGUCGUAUGAAUACAUAACCGAGUGUAAUGACAAAAAAGAAAUAGAGAAAAUCAUUUUAAUAUUACGUUCUGGUGAAGAAGGCUACUAUCCAAAGUUAACAAAACAUGCAGAAACAAAACUAGCCUCAAUAUUUCCUGAUAGUAUGGUUUUGCACGAACCCCAGCCAGUAAUAAAACAGAAAAUGUUGGGGAAAGAUAAACAAGAGGAGCUUGAUAAUGACAUGGAUCAUUGGAUGAAACGAAUGCACUUGAGAGAAAAAGAUCUGGAGGAGGGUAAAAAUUUAAAAGACAAUGAAAUAAUUUCUGAGCCGAUACGUAAAAUAGUAAAUAAAUCAAAAUCAACGAUCGUGGAUUCAACAAAUGGAAAUAAAAUUACUAAUAGAAUUAAGUCUUAUGAUUACGCAGCUUGGGAUAAAUAUGAUGCGGAUACGGAGUUGAAUAAAAUUGACUUGCAAGAGGAGCAGCAGCAAGUAAAAUACAAAAAAUUACAGCAGGAAAAAGAAAAAAUAGGGGAUACUAAAUCACUGUCACGAGAGGAAAUUGUUAAUAAAUUAACUCUGACUGGAACUGAAUUAAAUAUUAUGGCAGAGCGUGAACGAGAAAAAGGAAACGAGGCAUUUCGUGCUGGUGAUUAUAAAGAAGCAUUGCUGUGUUAUAAUUCUAGUCUGGCGAUUGAUUCAUCCAUAAAUGGGUACAAUAAUCGAGCUAUCACUUAUAUUAAAUUAAAGAGAUUUAAGGAAGCAAUCGAUGACUGCAAUAUGGUAUUGGAAAUAGAACCGACAAAUAUAAAAGCUCUGUUGAGAAGAGCUUCUGCUUGUGAACAAACGGAUAAUAAAUAUCAGGCAUUGAAAGAUUACGAAAUGAUUUUGAAAUUGGAGCCGAUGAAUAAAUUGGCUAUGGCUGCUGUUAAAAAAUUACGCGGUUCUGCUACAGCUAAGAAAGUCCGCAUUAAAAUAGAAGAUGAAAACGAGAAUGUAAGGAAUAUUAAUCGAGAGAUAAAUAUCGGUGAGGAUGAAAGAUUCGAUAUAAUGUCAAAAAUGGAGCAAAGAUAUUUAGAGAGACAGGGAAUUUGUUUCUGCGAUCGUGCUCCAAGUACUUCACAGUACACUAAGCCACUGCCACACAGAAAAGCCAGUUACUGUUAUGAAAAUAUUACAGCUAAAUCACAGAGUCAUAAAUAUCCCAGCGCAUCAUCAUCAGCGUCAUCAAUGUUUAGCGGCAGACAGUCAGUUUCUUCAAAAAAUUCUGGAGUUUUUAUUGAGGAAAUAAUUGACGAGCCGAUUGCCAAAAAAUCCGAGCCUAAUCUUAACCAGAAGCCAGGAGCUAAAAACGCUCAGCUCAAUUCUUCUAAAUCAGAGUCUGAUAUUAAUUAUAAAUAUAACGAGAUAAUAUCUAAGGGUAAAAAUAACACAAAUAAUUUAGAUACUGAUGGUGAUGCAGAAUUAUUUGGAGUCAUUGAGUCUCCAUUUGAAUUCAAUUACGCAUGGCAGUCAGUAAAAAACAAAUCUACUAAAUCACGGGCUCAAUUACUUAGAGCUGUUGGUCCAAAUAAUAUAGAACGAGUUAUAGGCAAUAAAUUAGACGGACCAAUGUUUAGCUUAAUUAUCAAAACUUUAGAAGAAAAUUUCUGCACCAACAAGGAUGCCAUUCUUCUGAAAAAUUUUUUGGAAGCCUUUAGUAAAUUAAGUCGUUUUUCAAUAGUCUUGUUAUUCACUGACCAAAAUGAUCAACAAGCAUUAUCAAAAAUAUUUGAAUUUCUCCACCAACAGCAAGUGCCUGGUCUAGAACUUCUGUCCAAUUCAUACCGUAUUUCAAAAUAAAAAAUUGUAUAAAAUAAACGAAUAAAUUAUAAAUAAAUAAAUAAAUAAAUAAAU